GCGGGCGGCCAUGGCGGCGGCGGGCGGGGCGGCGCGGCCCGGCGGGGAGGUCGUGCAGCUCAACGUGGGCGGCAAGAGGUUCAGCACGUCCCGGCAGACGCUGACCUGGAUCUCGGACUCGUUCUUCUCCAGCCUCCUGAGCGGGCGCAUCUCCACCCUGAAGGAUGAGACGGGAGCGAUCUUCAUCGACCGGGACCCCACGGUCUUUGCCCCGAUUCUCAACUUCCUGCGGACCAAGGAGCUCGACCCCCGGGGCGUCAGCAUCUCGCUGCUGCUGCACGAGGCCGAGUUUUACGGCAUCACCCCGCUAGUUCGACGCCUGCAGCUGCGAGAGGAGUUGGAUCGGUCGUCCUGCGGGAGUGUCCUCUUCAACGGGUACCUGCCACCCCCAGUGUUCCCAGCCAAGCGGCGCAACCGCCACAGCGUUGCAGGGCCCCAGAUCGCCGCUCGCCUGCAGAGCACGGUCGACCGAGCCCCUGUACGCCGCAGCAACACCAUGCCGCCCAACCUGGGCAAUGCCGGGCUGCUGGGGCGCCUGCUGGAAGACCGAGCCGUGGCUGCAGGCACGGCUAGCGACCCAGGCAUGGUCCGGAUUGUCUGUGGGCACCACAACUGGAUCGCUGUGGCUUACGCCCAGUUCCUCGUCUGCUACAGGAUGAAGGAAACAUCAGGUUGGCAGCAAGUGUUCUCCAGCCCGCGGCUGGACUGGGUGAUUGAGCGCGUGGCGCUGAAUGCCAAGGUGCUCGGCGGGUCUUUGGGUGACCACGACAAGAUGGUGGCAGUGGCUUCCUGUAGUGAGAUCAUCCUCUGGGCGCUGCAGGCUGAUGGCAAUGGCAGUGAGAUCGGUGUCUUCGUUCUGGGAGUCCCUGUGGAGGCCCUCUUCUUUGUGGGUAACCAGCUCAUUGCCACCAGUCACACAGGCAAGAUCGGUGUCUGGAACGCCGUCACGAAGCACUGGCAGAUUCAGGAUGUCGUCCCCAUUAACAGCUACGAUGCAGCUGGCACCUUCCUACUCCUCGGUUGUAACAAUGGUUCCAUCUACUACGUGGAUGUGCAAAAGUUUCCCCUGCGCAUGAAAGACAAUGACCUGCUGGUUACAGAGCUGUACCGUGACCCCUCUGAAGAUGCCGUGACGGCCCUCAGUGUCUACCUCACGCCCAAGAGCAGUGACAGCGGGAACUGGAUCGAGAUUGCCUAUGGCACCAGCUCAGGGGUUGUGCGGGUCAUUGUGCAGCACCCUGAGACUGUGGGCUCUGGCCCCCAGCUCUUCCAGACCUUCACGGUGCACCGGAGCCCCGUCACCAAGAUUAUGCUGUCGGAGAAGCACCUCAUCUCCGUCUGUGCCGAUAACAACCACGUGCGUACCUGGACGGUGACCCGGUUCCGUGGGAUGAUCUCCACGCAGCCUGGCUCUACUCCUCUGGCCUCCUUCAAAAUCCUCUCCCUGGAAGAUAUCGAUGGCCACGCAGGCUGCAGUGCUGGCACUGACAUCGGGCCCUUUGGAGAGCGUGAUGACCAGCAGGUUUUCAUCCAGAAAGUGGUGCCAGACGCUUGCCAGGUCUUCGUGCGGCUGUCAUCCACAGGCAAGAGGAUCUGCGAGGUGCGCUCUGUGGACGGCACAGCCAUCACGGCCUUCAUGGUGCACGAGUGCGAAGGCUCGAGCCGCAUCGGCUCCCGCCCCCGCCGCUACCUCUUCACGGGCCAUGCAAACGGCAGCAUCCAAAUGUGGGAUCUCACCACUGCCAUGGAGAUGUUGGGAAAACCACCAGAAGCUGGAGGCCUGACGGAAGAGGAGCUGCUGCAGCAGCUGGAACAGUGUGAUCUGGCCUUGACCCGGACCCCGGACAUGAGCCCUGCCGGUUCCUUCACCCAUUCCAGCACCCCGCGGGCCUCCAUCACCAGCCUGCAGUCACAGGGGAGCGAAGGCACCCGGGAGAAGCCAGGCCGUGGCGUGCUGCCGGGCCCUUCCCAUGCCAGUCUGCCUCCACCCAAGCUCCGCGAGACUCUCGGCGUGUUGCCAGCCCUCUCGGCCAGCCAGAGCUCCCUGCCCUGCAGCGACAGCUCACCGUCCGUGCCGGAGCCGUGCUGCCGGCGGCUGGCUGCUGGCCCAGAUGGGGACCCCCAGGCCCCCCCCGGGCCACGGGGUGGGGGCAGUUUCGUGGAGAGAUGCCAGGAGCUUGCCCGCUCCAGCGAGCUUGGCCAGCUGGAGAGCAGGAGGUUCAGCCACGCCACGGAGCUCGAGGCUGCCCGGCCUGCGGGCAAAGGCAAGGUGCGUCCUUCCGGGGCACCCCUGCGCCGACCCCCCGGCACCAGCCCCACGCCUGCCAUCAGGACUUUACCCCCAGCUCUGCCUGGGCCACCCCCCACCAGCCCUUCUGCCGCUGGCGACAGCUUCCCCAUCGUCCCACUGGCGGCCCCCAAGUCCCGGCUCAACGAGACCUCCUUCUGAGGAGAGGAGGACUGCCAAGCCCCGCGGUACCGGCCUUGUCAUGGGACAGUGGUGACGCCUGGGGCCCCUGCUCUCCACCCCCCUUGCUGGGACUUGGUGCUUCCCCAUCUACAGACUUGGGGACUCUGGGACUGCGGCUCUUCCCCCUCUUCCGAAGUGGAAAGGUGUUAAUGGGCAGUGCCCUUGCUCUGGGCUUGCUGGGGCUCAUCUCUGCCCGAUCCCUUGCCCUCUGGGCUCUGCAGGGCCCUGGGGGGGGGGGCAAGGGGGAUCUGCCCCCUCCCAUGCCAAAGCACACUUAGCAAUAAGCUGGUCCCUCCGGGGCCCAGGCACCGCUGCCUGCGGGAA